AUGACCUCAAUCUCACCUGCGUCAUCCUCUCCCGCUCCUUUCGACUUUGAGCCCACCAUGUCUUCUCCAGGCGCCGCAACCAGCACAGCUGCAUCGUCGCCUCCACCAAAUGCGUUAUCGGAAUUUAGCUGCGCCAGCAGCGAUGUUGCGGAUACGGAUUUUGACGUACCAGAGGCUAGUGCUUCCGUUGAUGUAGAGCCUGAGGUGGAAGACACGGAAUCACAACGGCGCCUAGCUAGGCUCCAGUUCGUUCUUAACAAGUCUGCCGUGUAUUCAAGCAUCCUUAAGGAACGCAUGGACGAGGACAAAGCACGCCAACUGGCUGCGCACCAAGCUCAACGUCAGAAAACCGGUCAGAAACGAGGUCGUGGCGCUGCUAGUGGGAGGGGUAAUGGGAAGAAGAAAAAGGGUCUUGACGGAGAAGCUAUUCCUGUGGAUGUAGAAGGACACGAAGAUGACGAGCCGGCUGUGUUCUCACAACCAUCCUUAAUCACUGGCGCGAAGCUGAAGUCUUACCAACUCGAAGGACUGCAGUGGAUGGUCUCUCUCGACCAAAAUGGAAUCUCUGGUAUCUUGGCGGACGAGAUGGGUCUUGGGAAGACCCUCCAAACGAUCGCAUUUAGUGCAUACCUUCGAGAGCACCACAAUUCCAAGCCAUUCCUCGUCGUCUGCCCACUUAGUGUCCUCCACAACUGGGUUGACGAAUACGCAAAAUUUGCUCCCGACAUACCCGUAUGCAUGUAUCACGGCACACCAGCUGAACGCGCCGAGCUCAGAAAGACGGUCAUGGCCCUUCCUGGUUCCAAGCCACCACAACCGAAGAAGACAAGUCGGGGUAAGGCUCCAGCCAAAGGCAAAUCAAAAUCUGUUGCGAAGAGGCGUCGUAGUGAACCCAUGCCGUCGACCUCGGCUCCACCUAGACGGCGUGGUCGACCUAGGAAAUCUGUCAUCGUCGUAGAAGAUUCCGAUGAAGAAGAAGCAGAAGAAGAGGAGGAAGUCGAUUCCCAAUCCAGAACAAAGGACCAAGACGUCGAGGACCCCUUUGCCUCCUUCCCUAUCGUAUUGACAACGUACGAAAUAAUCAUCAAAGACCGGAAACACCUCGUGCACUAUAAUUGGGGCUACAUCGUCGUGGAUGAGGGCCAUAGAUUGAAGAACCUAAAUUGCAAGCUUAUGAAGGAGAUUAAGCAGUAUAAGAGCGCUGGGAGGAUGAUUUUGACGGGGACGCCGUUACAUAACAACCUAGCGGAACUGUGGUCGUUGCUAAACUUUAUUCUUCCUGAUAUUUUUGAUGACAUUGAUUCUUUCCAAGAAUGGUUCAACCUCCCCGAGUUACAAUCCGCGCUACCCACAAAUCAAUCCUCGCAGAUCAUUUCUUCUCUCCAUGCCAUCUUGAAACCAUUCCUACUCCGCCGAUUAAAAGUGGACGUGGAAACGAACCUUCCACCCAAGAAGGAGUACGUCCUGUACGCGCCGCUGAGUAUGCGUCAGCGUGAGGCGUACGAUCGGGUACUUAGUGGUGGACUGAGGAGGUGGUUGAUCCACGGCGGGACGGGGGGCGUGGAGGUUUCUAAAGAGGAAGAUUCUGUUGAGGUUGAAGAAGAGGAAGGGGAAGACGAUACUCAAGCAGAGAAUCGGACGAUGAAGAGGCGGAAGACGGGUAAGAAGACCUACGACAUUGAUGGCGAUGACGACGAAUACUUUGAUAUGCUCGAGAAAGGCGAGAUAGACCAGUGGGGCGUUAAGCAGAAAGUCAGCAAGGAGGAAGAAGAGGCGGAGGAAGCGAGGAUAGGGAGGGAGCAUCAGCAGCGUGCUAGAGUCCUGAAGGUGAACAACAUGAAACUUCAAAACGCAGUGAUGCAGCUGCGGAAAGUGUGUUCCCACCCAUUCCUGUUCGACUGGCCUGUCGAUCCGGAUACGAUGAUGCCUAUACUUGGUGAAGAGUUGGUCAACGCAAGUGGGAAGAUGAUGGUGUUGGACCGACUCCUUAGGGAACUGUUCAGGCGGAAACAUAAAGUGUUGCUGUUCAGCCAGUUCACGACGAUGUUGAACAUCAUUGAGGACUGGGCCACUGAUUACAUGGGCUGGAACAUCUGCCGCAUCGAUGGGUCCUCUAAACCAAUGGAACGUCGCGAGGCGAUGAACAGGUUCCAAAAUGGCGGAGACGACCCCGACGCUCCGUCCCUCUUCCUCCUAAGCACGCGGGCGGGUGGACUGGGUAUUAACUUGGUUGCGGCUGAUACGGUUAUUUUUUAUGACCAGGAUUGGAACCCACAGAUGGACGCACAGGCGCAAGAUAGGGCGCAUAGGAUUGGACAGACGAAGCCUGUGCUCAUCUUUCGGCUGGUGAGCGCGCAUACGAUCGAGACGAAGAUCAUGCAACGCGCCACGGAGAAGAGGAAGUUGGAGGCACUCGUCAUUGCUAAGGGCAAAUUCAAGAUGCCAGCGGCAGCAGCCAGCACGAAACGCGAGACGAUUGCGGAGAUGGCUGCGUCCCUGCUCAAGCUCGAGGGAGAGAAAAUCGAAGUGGUGCCCAAUACCAAAGAAGGGAAGAGGGGGGUCUUGAGCGAUGAGGAUCUCGAUAUCCUUCUGGACCGCAGCCCGGAGGUGUUUGCUGAGCGUGGUGAGGGGUGGUCGUCGAGGAGUGCUGCUGUUGGGAAGAGGAAGGUGCAGGACGUGGCGCAGGAUGCGGGCAAGAAGGCGGCGUUUGCGGUGUAUGAGGCGCCUGUUGAGGAGGGGAAUGAUGCGCUUGCGAAGAUGAUGGGUGAGGAUGUGGAUGAUUUGUGAGGGCCCGUCUGGAUUGUUGUGUUAGGAUACCCAUCUUGAGGCUUAAAAUCUUGAAGCUUGAAGUACUGUAAUUGAUACUAUUCGUAGAUUAUUUGUUAUAACUCGUUGCUUUGUAGAUACUUCGCUUGCUGCUUCUUGCCAGCCUUUGUGCAAUUGUAAAAGUCAAGGAAGUGACC